GUCGAUUCACUAUGCAUCAUUCAAGAUGAUGAAGAUGACUGGCGCCGAGAAUCUGCCUUGAUGAGUGAGGUAUACGCCAAUGCAGUGGUAAACAUUGCAGCGGCCGGUGCCAAAGACGGGUCCGUGGGUUUAUUUUUCGAGAGAGAUGUUGUUCGAGAGUCCAAAUAUCACGUCCAGAUAAGCGACGAGGAGAUAUACGAAUUCCGAGAACCGCGCUUGUAUGAACGAUGUUUGCAGAACACAUGCCUCACAUCUCGAGGCUGGUGCUUCCAGGAACGAUUCUUAGCGCGACGUACAUUGCACUUUACCAGACACCAGAUCAUCUUGGAGUGCAGGGAUGGGGUGCGCUGCGAUUCAAAUCCAGACGGACUUUCUGCUUCGACAUGGAAGGUCUACGCUCCUAAGCGUAUAAUGCCAACGGGUAGAGAUCAUCCCGGCGCAUGGUUCGAGGCAGUCUCAAUAUACUCUGCCACCCAGUUGACAUUCGCCAGAGAUAGAUUGGUGGCAAUAUCCGGCGUUGCACGU